AUGAAAAAAAAAGGAAAAAGCAAUGAUGAUAAAAAAUUAAUUUUAUUUGAUAUUAUGCUUCAGAGUGAAUCUUUUUUCAUUUUGAAGGAAUUAGAAGUUUUAGCUCAGAAAAGAGGAGUUCGUUCUAUUUUUGUUAAGGAUUUACUUCAACAGCUAGUUGAUGAUAAUAAAGUUAAGUCUGAAAAAGUGGGAUUACAAAACGUUUUCUGGGUACUAAAAACUGAAGAAUCUUCAAAUUUAGAGAAUAAAUAUCAAAAGUUGAAAGAAAAAAAAGAAGAGUAUGAAGAAAUUAUAAAAACAGAAAAAGAUGGAUAUGAUCAAUUAGUUAAUACUUUAAAAUUUUCUGAAGAGGAAUUAAAGAAUAAAAUAGAAGAAGUUAACGAACUGAUACAUAUAUUGGAUAGAAAAAAAAUAGAAUUAGAAAAGUUAAAAAAAACAGAUAUAAAAGAAAUAGAAAAAAUGCAAAUUCAAAAUAAGUGUGCUGUUGAAUCAAUACAUAGGUGGAAUAACAAUAUUUUUAUAGUAAAGCAGUGGAUUCAAAAUAGAACUGAUAAACCAGGAGAAAUAGUUGAUAGAUUACUAGGAAUUAAAGAUAUAUUUCAUAAUUGGAAUUCAUAG